GUAUACCAAAAACCAUAACCAUAAAAAUAAAAUUUUUAAUUCUAGGUGUAGAUAUUAAAAAUUAAAUUAUUUAGGUAUUAAGAAUAGAUGUAAAAUGUUAACAAAUAUAUCAUCCAAGAUUCGUAAUUGUGCUUGCUCAGUUAGAAAAUAUUCUGUAGCUACACUAUCUUCAACAGAAAAUAGAAUAAAUGUCGAACCUCGCACACUUGCCUUUCCUCCAAAAUAUCAAGAACCUCGACAAGUUUGGUUGGAAAGUUUAGAUACUAUAGACGAAAGAAAAUUGGGUAUUCUUGAGCUGCAUCCUGAUGUUUUUGCGACUAAUCCAAGGAUAGAUAUUAUACAUCAAAACGUUAGAUGGCAAACUUUAUAUAGAUAUGUAAGUUUUGCUCAUACAAAGUCAAGAUUUGAAGUGCGAGGUGGAGGUCGAAAACCGUGGCCACAAAAGGGUUUGGGACGUGCUCGACAUGGUUCAAUUAGAAGUCCACUUUUUAGGGGUGGAGGAGUUGUUCAUGGACCAAAGUCUCCAACCCCUCAUUUUUAUAUGAUUCCAUUCUAUACUCGUUUGCUGGGGUUGACUAGUGCACUUUCAGUAAAAUUUGCCCAAGAUGACUUGCAUGUUGUGGAUAAUCUAGAUCUGCCAACUGAUGAACAAAGUUAUAUAGAAGAACUGGUAAAAAGCCGCUUUUGGGGUCCUUCUGUUUUAUUUGUAGAUGUGGAAGAUGUUAUGCCUAGGAAUAUCACAGUAGCAACUGAUGAAGUGAAACAUUUUAAUCUAAUGCCUUCAUAUGGUCUAAAUGUUUACUCCAUGAUGAAAUAUGAUACAUUAGUUUUGACAAGGGCUGCUGUAGAUCACAUAGAAAACAAACUUCUGGAGCAUUUACACAAAAAUGAUACUAGAGCAGUGAUGUCGAAAUAUAAAUUGGAUCAAAAGUGAAGUUGUUUAUUGCUUUUAUAAGAUUAUAGAAUAAAUAAAAAAUAUAACUGU